AUGAAUGAUUCAAACAACAAUAUAAAUUCUAUUCCAAAUGGUAUAAAUACAUAUUUAGCUGAUCGUUUACUUUCUAUAUAUUCUCUUAUGCUUAUUUUGAUUGGUACACCAUGUAAUCUCAUAUGUUGUUUAAUUUAUUUUCAAAAAUCAAAUCGUUGCAAUUCAAUUAAAAUUGUAUUUGGUUAUUUAGCUAUACUUGAUACAAUUGUUUUAUAUACAUUUAAUUUAAAUUAUAUUGUUCGUGAAUUUAAUAUUGAUUAUCAAUUGGUUCGUUAUAAAGAUAUAAAUAGUACAAAACAAAGUUCAGAUUAUUCUCAAAAUGAAAAUUUAAAUAUAAAUAUAAUUAUUAAUAAAAAAAAUCUUGAAGAAUAUUCAUUAUUUAUGUGUCGUUUUCUGUCUUAUCUAGCAUUUUCAAUUUUACAAACCUCAUCUUGGGUAUUAGCAUUCGGUUCAUUGAAUCGUUAUUUGUUAAUAUCAAAAUUAACUUUAUUUGAAUUUAUUUGUAAACGAUCUUAUACGAUUGUCAUAUGUUUAUUAAUUACAAGUUUAUUUUUUCUUACUAAUAUACAUAUUCUAUGGUUAAAUGGUUAUCAUUCAAUAAAAAGUGAUGUUAUAUGUUAUCAAAAUAUGAAUUAUCCAAAUUAUAUGCUAUGGUAUCAACGUGUUCAUUUAUGUCUUUACUCGGCAUUACCGAGUAUUGUUUUAUUAAUUUUAAAUACUCUAUUAAUGCGUAUUAUAUUUGCUAGUAAAAAAAGAUUAAAUAGUCAUCAACGUGUUGUUUUACUUCCUGAAAUUGAAACUAUAGAAAGCCGACAAGAAACUUUAAUAUUAAAAACUAUACGAACACCGACAAUGACGUCAUCAUCAUCCUCCACAAGAAAACUAAAUAAACAAAGUCCUGGAAGAUCACUCAAUCGACAUAGUAGAAAAUUAACUCUAUCAUUAAUAUUUAUAACAUUAUCUUAUUUUAUAUUAACAUUUCCAUCAACAGUUAUUUUUUCUUUCUUUCGUUCAUAUAUUGAACCAUUAAGAUUACGACGUACAAUAUCACUUUUAUUUACAAAUUUAUCAACAACAACACACGCAAUUCGAUUUUUUAUUUAUUUCUCUUGUUCAACUGAUUUUCGAAAUGAUUUUUAUAAAUUAAUACCAUUUAAAGAAUCAUUUCGUAUUCGAUAUACUAAAACAACACCACAAAAACAACAAGAUAUACAUCGUAAUGACAAACAAAGUGAAUCGUUGGCAUUACGAGAUAGAACUAGAACAAUUCGAUGA